AUGGCACAACUAGUCUUAAACUUUAUCGACAGUUACCACGACAUAAUGGACAACAAAAGUGAUCCCAGAGUAAACGGCUGGCCGAUGUUGUCCAGUCCAUUCCCGACGCUGUUUAUAUGUCUGUUCUAUGGUUACUUUGCCAAGACGCUCGGGCCAAGACUGAUGGAAAACCGAAAACCUUUUCAACUUAGAAAAGUUCUCAUAGUUUAUAAUGCAAUACAAACGAUGUUCAGCGCUUGGAUAUUCUAUGAAUAUAUGAUGAGCGGCUGGGGAGGAUCGUACAGUCUAAAAUGUCAGCCGGUCGACUAUUCCUAUAGUCCGAUGGCCUUACGAAUGGCCCAAACUUGCUGGUGGUACUAUAUUUCUAAAUUCACCGAAUUUUUCGACACUUUGUUUUUCAUACUCAGGAAGAAGAACCAACAAGUGUCGACGUUGCAUGUCAUCCACCACGGAUGCAUGCCGAUGAGCGUCUGGAUGGGAAUGAAAUUCGCCCCAGGCGGCCACAGCACUUUCUUCGCGUUGCUCAACACGUUCGUGCACAUCGUUAUGUACUUCUACUACAUGGUGUCGGCGAUGGGACCUAAGUACCAAAAAUACAUUUGGUGGAAGAAGUACCUCACCUCAUUCCAGAUGCUGCAGUUCGUAUGCAUUUUCAUCCACCAGUUCCAACUGUUGUUCCGUGAAUGCAACUACCCAAAGAGUUUCAUGGUUUGGAUAGGCCUACACGGCGUCAUGUUCUUGUUCCUGUUCUCAGACUUCUACAAAUCCAAAUACACCAGUGACGGUAAACGGAGACCGGCAAACGACGGAGCUUGUAUGCCGGUGGAGGGAGCGAGCUACAGCAAGUGUUCCUCCAACGAACACGACAACGUCGUGUACUAUUCGAACGGCAUCGUCAACGGUUUCAAAACGACUGAAGACGCCAAAACCAAAUAG